GGCACUUCCGGUCGCUCCCAGAAGCGGAAGUUGCAUUCGGAGCGUGUCACACGUGUUUAAUAACAUCGCGAAAAUGGUAAAAAACGGGCAGUUUAAACAGAAAUCAAAGUUUAAACCUUCAGCGAAAAAGAAGAAAUGUGUGCUGAUGUUCGAUGAUAAAGACAGACAAGAAUUCCUGACGGGAUUCCACAAGAGGAAAGUGGAGCGGCGUAAAGCGGCACUGACGGAGAUGAAGAACAAGCUGAAGGAGGAGCAGAAGAGGGUCAGAGAGGAGAGACAUAAACAAUACACGAAGAUGCUGAAGGAGCGACGGGAAGCUCUGGAUGAGGCAGAUGAACUGGAAGAUGCGAUCACAGCGACCAGCGAGUGCGUUCAGUACGAUCAUCCCAACCACACCGUUACCGUGACGACCAUCAGUGACCUGGACCUAUCAGGAGCGAGAUUACUGGAGCCAGAAAGAGUGCAGGAUGCUGAAGACUGUGAGGAAGAUGAUGAUGAAGAGAAAGUGAAGGCUCUUCCAAAGAAAUCAGGGAACCCCAUCCUCUCUAAAAAGAUUAAGUCGCUCACGGCGUCGCUGCAUCUUCACACUAAACGGACAAAAAAGAGCAAAAAGAAGCACAACGGGAAACGGGAAAUGAGGCGUCAAAAUGGGCAGGGUGACAGGAAGUCAUUCACAUAUGACAACAAGCUCCGCCUCGGCAGAACCACCAAGAAGGAGCGACGCAGACGGACAGGCAGGAAGAGGCAGAGUGAGGACUGAGCCCCGCCCCGACUCCCAUUUAACCCGUUUUAUUGGGUCAGAACGACCCGAGACCCCAGCACACGCUCAAUGACCAUAAACUCAGUGUUUGUAUUUACUGUUGUGAUACUUAAAAACAUUAAAAAGAGAUCUUUUCCAUCUUAA